AUGCCACGAGCUGAUGCAGCUGGAGUGAAAAAGAAUAAACUCGGUUUGAAAUUACCCGAAGUUCCAAAAGACGCUUCUGAACAAAACCAUAGUGAAAAUGGUAUUCCGGAUGUCUGCAUCGAACGAUUGCAAGAAGAAUUCAAACAACUUGAUUGUACUGAUACACAGAAAAAUCGAAUGGAAGAAUUCUUCAAUUCAAAACGCGCCGUCGGUGAAUUGAAACAAGAUGAUCUUGUCAAUAUUUGUGAAUUGGGACAAGGCAACGGCGGUGUUGUUUGGAAAGUUCGACACAAACCCACGGAUAAAAUCAUGGCUCGCAAGCUCAUCUAUCUGGAAGUCAAACCAGCUUUGAAAAAUCAAAUUAUUCGAGAACUGAAGGUCCUGCAUCAAUGUAAUUCACCGUACAUCGUCGGUUUCUACGGAGCGUUUGCUGUGGAAGCUCAAAUUAGUAUUUGUAUGGAAUAUAUGGAUGGUGGCUCAUUAGAUUUAAUUUUGAAGAAAGUGAUGCGUAUACCAGAGAAUAUUCUUGGUAGAAUAACUGUCGCUGUUCUUCGCGGUUUGAGCUACUUACGAGAACGACAUCGUAUCAUGCAUCGAGAUAUAAAACCAUCGAAUAUUCUUGUCAAUCAUCAAGGUGAAAUCAAACUAUGUGAUUUUGGCGUUAGCGCCCAAUUAAUCGAUUCGACAGCGCUAACAUUCAUCGGUACACGUUCAUACAUGUCUCCCGAACGACUUGAAGGUACACAUUAUGGAGUAAUGAGUGAUAUUUGGUCAUUGGGUCUUUCACUUGUGGAAAUGGCCGUUGGCCGAUACCCUAUCCCACCUCCGUCAACUGAAGACGUCGUUGAUUUAUUCAAAGAAGAUCCCCACGGAAACCGGCCACGACCAGAAGGUUAUGGUAGUUACAGGGGUUUGGCUAUUUUUGAGCUAAUGGAAUGGAUUGUCAACGAAGCUCCUCCGACAUUACCUCGUUCACUUUUUUCAGCUGAAUUUUGCGAUUUUAUCGAUCGUUGCUUAAAAAAAAGUACAUCCGAACGAGCUGAUUUAAACUCACUUUUAAAUCAUUCAUUCUACAAACGAUAUGAAACCGAAAGUGAUAAUCAAGAUGUAGCCGCUUGGAUUCGGCAAGUCUGUCGAACCGAGUCCGAUGGCACCAACGAUAAUAAUCAUCGACGUGUUGGUACUUAA